AUGGCCGAACGCAUUUUGAUGAACGAGUACAAGGCGUUGGUGAAGGAGAAAUGGCUAAACAUCGAGUUAAACAACGAUGACAUCUUCAACUGGAACAUCGCUUUGAUCGUCCUGAACCCGGACUCGCUCUACCACGGCGGCUACUUUAAAGGGAAAAUCACCUUCCCUCAUAACUAUCCCUAUUCACCACCGCAAUUCAGAUUCACUCCUUCUCUCUGGCACCCCAACAUCUACGACAACGGCUACGUGUGCAUCUCCAUUCUACACAAACCUGGCGAGGACGAAAUGUCCGGUGAACUCGCCUCUGAACGCUGGUCGCCCGCCCAACGAGUUGAAUCCGUCUUGAUCUCGAUCAUCUCCCUUCUCGAUGACGCCGAAGUCAGCUCGCCAGCUAACGUCGAGGCCGGUGUGCAGCUCCGUAGUAACCCCGGAGCAUACAAGAAGCGUGUAAAGUCGGAAGUCGAGAGGUCGAUGAAAGAUAUUCCAGAAGGAUAUGAAAUGCCUACUUCUCAUGAAGCCACGAUCGCACGCCCCACCAAGCCCGUUGAGCGAGACGAGGACUUCUGGGUCGACAGCGGGGACGAGGACUCCUUUGAGGAUAUGUUUGGUGGCAGUGACUCAGAGUGCGAGGGUGAUUUUACGCUUGACGACCAGGACACCGGAAGUGAACCCGAGACUACUGAAUCAUCGUGA